GGAGUGUUUUGGAUGUUCUUCAAGAAGCACGUCAGACUGUAGAAGGGAAACAAAUCGGGAGACGUCGUAACUCACUAGCUGCCUGACAUUCACACAGAAAUAAUUGAACAACUGUGGUAUUUCUCUUAAAACCAAGAAUGUACCGCUUGCGGGCUUUGUCGGCGGCAGCGGUCGGGUUGGCUCAGUUGUCACGCCGUUACCAUGGUGAGGCUUUAAGGGGCGGGACCAGCAGGAAGAGACUUAUGCUGGCAGCUUUGGUGGGUGUGACUGGUGCCUCAGCUAGUGCUGGACUUCUCUGGACCAGAGCGUAUGCAGAUGCUGGGCCGUCUGUCAAGCAUGACGAUCGUCCUGAGGCGAAGGAGGAAGAGUCUGAGGCGGAGUCGGAGAGUUCUGUGGAGACCAGCGGCAGAGAGGAGGGCGAAGAGGACGGAGGGAAGAAGAAGAAAACCCGAUCAGGUUUCAGAGACCGCAAGGUGAUGGAGUACGAGAACAGAAUAAGGGCCUACUCCACUCCUGACAAGAUCUUCCGUUACUUUGCCACGCUGAAGAUCAUUAGUGAGCAGGGAGAUGCUGAGGUGUACAUGACGCCACAGGACUUUGUGCGCUCCAUCACCCCGAAUGAGAAACAGCCAGAGAAUCUGGGUUUGGAUCAGUUCCAGGUGAAGCGCUACGAUGGAAAGGACUUCUGGCAGACGGAGAAGAUCUCCCAGGAGAGGGAGAAGUUUGCGGAUGAGGACAGUAUCUUCUUCACUCUUGGAGAGUGUGGGCUCAUCUCCUUCUCCGACUACAUCUUCCUCACCACUGUUCUCUCCACACCUCAGAGGAAUUUUGAGAUCGCCUUCAAGAUGUUUGACCUGAAUGGAGAUGGAGAGGUCGACCUGGAAGAGUUUGAACAGGUUCAGAGCAUCAUCCGCUCUCAGACCAGCAUGGGGAUGCGACAUCGAGAUCGCUCCACCACGGGGAACACACUGAGGACCGGGGGCUGCAGCUCUGCCCUCACCACCUACUUCUUCGGUGCCGACCUGAAAGGCAAGCUGACCAUCGGCCACUUUCUGGAGUUCCAGAGGAAACUACAGCAUGAUGUUCUUAAGUUGGAGUUUGAGCGUAAUGAUCCGGUAGACGGCUGUAUCACCGAGAGACAGUUUGGGGGCAUGCUGCUGUCCUACAGCGGAGUUCAGUCACGCAAACUCAAACAGAUGCAGAAGGGCCUCAAGAAGAUGUUCAAAGACUCUCAGGGUAUAACGUUUGAAGAAGUGGAGAACUUCUUUACCUUCCUGAAGAACGUGAAUGACGUGGACACGGCUCUGAGUUUCUAUCAUAUGGCUGGAGCCUCUAUCGACAAAGCCACGAUGAAGCAGGUUGCUCGUACGGUGGCCAAAGUGGAGCUGUCAGACCAUGUGUGUGAUGUGGUGUUUGCUCUGUUUGACUGCGAUGGUAAUGGUGAACUGAGUAAUAAAGAGUUUAUAGCCAUAAUGAAGCAGCGCCUGAUGCGGGGCCUGGAGAAACCUAAAGACAUGGGCUUCACACGGCUGGUACGCGCCAUGGUGAAGUGUGCCCAAGACACCGCUUGGGACUUUGCAACACCCAAACAGCAUUAGGUGUGUGUGGGAGUGUGUGGGAGUGUGUGUGUGUGUGUGUGUGUGUGUGAACGUGGUGCGUGCCUACAACUAAGGGUGUAUACACAAGAAAUAUCUGCCAGGCAUUGUCUCUCAGCCAUAAGGCCAACCUUCUGUUUUCUGGAUUCAAAACAAGGCAAUUAAUUGUCAACAAUAUAACUCAUUGUGUCUCAUCACAACCAAAGCUGGUUAAGACAAGGACAGCAAUAAGUAGUAAUCCAUUUUGCACGCUACUGCAAUGUACUAAGUGGCUAAUUUGGCCAUUCUGAGGUGAAUGGCACCUUAUUGUCUUAUUUAAUGCACUCCUUUGGCCUGGAGCCCACUGGUUUCCCUCCUGGUCUUGGUAAAUAGAAGUGUGCUACAUAAGGAAAAACAGAUGCAAUUAGGUGGCUGAAGUGGAGCAUGAUAACACGGCGUAGCCCUAUGGGGCUUUCCAUAGGGGGCUGAUGUAGAGCAUGCUAACGCAGCUUAGCCCUAUGGGGUUUUCCAUAGGGGGCUGAUGUAGAGCAUGCUAACGCAGCUUAGCCCUAUGGGGCUUUCCAUAGGGGGCUGAUGUAGAGCAUGCUAACGCAGCUUAGUCCUAUGGGGCUUUCCAUAGGGGGCUGAUGUAGAGCAUGCUAACGCAGCUUAGCCCUAUGGGGCUUUCCAUAGGGGGCUGAUGUAGAGCAUGCUAACGCAGCUUAGCCCUAUGGGGCUUUCCAUAGGGGGCUGAUGCAGAGCAUGCUAACGCAGCUUAGCCCUAUGGGGCUUUCCAUAUGUGACUGUGGCAAGAUGUUGUGGUCAUUAUUGGAGGCGGGGCUAUGGAAUCUUGUAUAUUUAUAGUUUUUCCAUAAUGAUUGUUUUGGGGAAAGCGAGGGCUGUGUGGAAACCACCUCAACAUUGUCAAAAGUUAAACAGCACUUGAGCUGUAGUUCUAGUUUGAACGGUUUAUAUUUGACUGCAUAGUCACAAGACAACGUCAUGAACAAGUUCUAGAUGUCUUUUAUUCUUAAUGUUCCCAAUUACAAUAUUCAUUUGGAUAUUGUGUAAUGUAUCUACAAUAGGUUUGUCAUCGUGUUAUUGCAUCUCUCAUGUCUCUGUAUGAUAUUCCACCACUGUACACUGAUGACACUAGUCUUGACGCUAAAGGUCAGCUGAUCCCGUUCCACAAGUGGUUGUCUGAAGUUAAUCAAAUAUUACCGCUUCUUUGUUUACAUUUUAUUUCAAGGAAUGGGAUAUGGAAUGACUUAAUAAGGCUGAUGUUAAAACAAUUGCUCUAUCAUUAAAAGUAUGUUUUUCA